GUUCACGUGGAAAUAACAAUGUAGUUCAUUUUGCGUACUACUUAGAUAACUAUAACAAGCCUAUAAGAAUGCUGCCUGUCCGGAAUAUAUUAUGAAGUCGGUAUUGCUGCUAACAUGAUGCAUCGUUGAACACGCUUAAGAAAUCGUUGUCAGUUGAAAGUAAUUUGGAACGUAACAUAGUGGUGCCUUAUGUAUUGUUUUAAAGUACAUCUUUACGUUUUUAAAUAUUUACUCAUAUUUGCAAGUUGAUUCGAAAUUUAUAAAGUUGAUGUGAAAAUUGUAAUAAAGGUUUUUUUAUUGAAAAAAAAAAAUACAAUUUAAAUUAGGAUUUUUCUAUAUAUUUUUGGAGUGCAUUCGUCUAAGAUGGCUUUUAAAGAUGCUCAGCAUCCUCUGUAUCCAUAUACUGAAGAAGAAAAACAGGAGAUAAGAAAAGAGCUAGGACUGAAAGAGAGCACGAUACAGGAUGAUAUUGACGCCAUUUUGGAUUGGUUCAGUAAACAACCGCAUCUGAUUGACGCUGGAAUUAGUCGAGCGAUUAUCGAGAGGCUGCUCAUCAUAUCUAAAGGGUCAUUAGAGAAAACAAAACAGAAAAUAGACUGCUUUUACAAAUACAGAUAUUUGGCACCGGAAUUGAUACAAAACAGAGAACGAGAGCUAUGUGAUCACCAAAAAGAUAUCUGGACUUUUAUACGUCAAGCGGCAAUGCCUAAACUAUACAAAGGAAAUAGAGUAUCAGUAUUCAAGUUUAUGGAGUCAGAUCCAUGUAAAUUUAACACCGACGCGUUAUUCAGAAAUACAUUUAUGCUAGGUGAUAUAAGGCUCACAUACGAUUACAUGCUUGGCGAUAUUUGGUUAUUGGAUAUAAAAGAAAUCGGCGUCGGUCACGUGCUUAGAGCGAACCCAAUAACAAUGCAAAAAACUGCGCAAAUAUUUCAGGAUGGCAUGGGCCUUCGGGUUGCCGCUAUACACGUGUUGAAUGCGCCAAUAUUAGGCCAAACAGUUCUAAACUUCAUGAAACAAUUCUUCAAACCCAAGAUCAUGGACCGGGUCAUGAUUCACAACUCAGUGGAGGAACUACACAAAUAUCUACCUAAACGGUACUUGCCUAAGGAUUAUGGAGGUGAUUUGCCGUCUUUGGAGGAGUUUAAAGAUAAUUACGAGAAAGAAUUUAGAAGUAGUAAAACAAAGCAAUACUUACUAGACUGCAGCAAACUGGUAUCAAAUGAAAGCAAACGUCCUGGGUCCGAUAUAUAUGACAAUUACAUGUCCGGAUCUUUUAAAAAGCUAGAAUUAGAUUAAAAAUGAUUAGUGGAGCUGAUUAUCAAGUGUACCGGGAUGAUGCUACUACAUAAAAUAUAAUACAUAACUUUAAAACAGCACUACUUAUUUUAUAACACAUUACGAGUACAUUUUUACAUGUGUUAUAAAAUAUAUAGAAAAUACAACUACACAGAUUUACAAUAACUGCAGUUAGUUAUACAGAAAACAGCUCCAGGACUCCAGAAGGUAUCUGAAAAGAAUCCAAUGCGAGCAAUGAAUGUAUUAUAAUAAUUAUUGGUAUUUUUUGUAACUACGCUAGCAUAAUUUUAUUACUUUGUACCUUGUACCUAUCUCUGGGUUUAAUAUUAAGAUUUUUUUUUAUAUUAUGUGUUAAAAGUAGCCUUAAUAGACAAUGUUAUGUAAGUACUUAUUAUUUAUUACUUUCUUAUAUAAUUAAUUAUAUAAAGUAAAAUUGAAAUCAUCAAUAUCAUUUUUAAAAGAAUACUU